AUGGCCGGACUGCCGAAGGACCCCGAUCGCGGGAGGGAGGUCUGGCAGGAGGGCCAGGAAGGCGCCGGGCCCGAGAGCGAUGGCUACCCGCCAGACAGUGACCCGGACGACAGCGAGCUGGACAGGGAGAUCAACCCCGCGAUCCGCAGGCCUGUCGAGACGCAGAUGCACCUGCGGAAGGAUCGGUCCCGAUCUCUUCUCGAGGGCGCCGAUCCGACGGAUCCACAUGCAGAAAACAGGCGGCGACGUGCAGAAAGGAUGGAAGCCUUCAGGCUGAAAAAGAGGGAGGCAAAGCACCUGCGCAGGUUCUUGGUGACACAAGUGCUGCAGCCCAUGCGGCAGAGCGUGCACGACGUCACCCUUGAGGACACGGCGUGCAUAUACCUCAGCUACUUGGAGGACCACCCCAUCCCAAGCGACUACAUUCUGAAGUACAGCCUCCACCAGGCAAUGCUAGAGCUGCGACGGCACCCCAACCCACAGAUAACGAGGCUCGUGGAGGCUGUCUUGAAGCGGCCUGAGUGGGCGCACGCAGUGAAGGCGGCCAAGGCGGACGUUGAGGCGGAGGUCAAGUCCGAGGUGGAUUCAAACGGGGAGCACGGGGUGCCUAGGCCACAGGUUCCCGUGUCGCCCAGCCCCACCGGUUCGGCCUCUGAUUCGCCGUCCGUGGCAUCCCCAGCUGCCUCGCCCCAAGCGUCGAGCCCGGGCAUGGGCCAGGCGCCAGUCCAGCACAGUGAUGCAAAACCUGGAUCUGAAGGUUAG